UCCUGGUAGAAAAAGAGGGACUGCGGUCCGAAAGGAGACUGUGUGUCAGUGUGACACUGUUUUAGACUAACAAUCGUUCUGUAGAUUGCAGUUUGACGAUACUGUUUUAUUUUUAUUUUUACUCAACUUGUCACAGGGUAAUCAUGGCAUUUCUGAUCUACCUGACUGUACUGACAACAGCCGUCAUCGCACAGGUGACUGCUAGCUGCCCUGAGGUGUGUGAAUGCCCCAAGGAGCAUGUGGUUUGCCCUCCAGGUGUUAGCACUGUGCCAGAUGUAUGUGGUUGUUGCAAGGUGUGUGCUGCGCAGCUUAACCAGGACUGCAGCCCUAUGAGGCCUUGUGACCACCACAAAGGGCUGGUGUGCAAUUACGGCAACGAUGUGGCCACAGCCUGGGGCAUCUGCCGAGCAAAAUCAGAAGGACGCACAUGCGAAUACAACGGCAGGAUCUACCAGAAUGGUGAGAGUUUCCGUGCCGGCUGUAAACACCAGUGCACCUGCAUCGAUGGUGCUGUUGGCUGCGCUCCUCUCUGUAACAACAAGCUGCCACCGGCCUCCCCCUCCUGCCCAUUCCCACGGCUAGUCAGGAUACCUGGGCAGUGCUGCUUCAGCGUGGACUGCAAUAAGGGCACCUGGCGACUCCCAGAUAAGAACCAGCUGCCUCCACCACAACAGCACCUGCUCAGACCUCGACAACACCCUGCGCCGCACCACGCUGAAAAUGAGCUAGCCAAUGAGCUUGCAGAGGUCAAGUCCAACAACUGGGAGAACGAACAUGGCUACAAACACCUGCCUGUGUGGAACCACUUGAAGGACAGGAAGUGUCCAGUCCAGACCACUGACUGGUCCCAGUGUUCCCGGAGCUGUGGGAUGGGCAUUUCUUCUCGUAUCACCAACAAGAACCCGCAAUGCAAGCUGGAGAGAGAGACGAGAAUCUGUACCAUACGACCAUGCCAUGGCCUGACUGUCCCGACCCAGGCAGAGAAAAAGUGCACCCCAGCCCAGAAAGCCCCGGAGCCCAUCCGUCUGUCCUAUGGAGAAUGUAUGAGUGUCCGCCUCUACCGGCCUAACUACUGUGGCAUGUGUACGGAUGGACGGUGUUGCUCGCCACGCCGCACACGCACUGUACCCGUGACCUUUGUCUGCCCAGACGGCGAGCGUUUCCAGAAGUCGGCCAUGUUCAUCCAGUCAUGUAAAUGCAGCAAUGACUGUGGCCACCUCAAUGAAGUGGCCCUCCCUCCACAGCACUGGAUGUACGGGGAUACACACAAGUUCAUCGACUAGUACUGGGGAUGAUUUUUUUUUUAUUAUUCUAAUGUGACGAGGUCAACUUUCUUGACGAAGAAAGACAUGUCUAGACCAGGAGCCAUUUUUCUCACCCGGCUCCAAUUGAGUGACGACCAGAGGGACCCGUCUGAUUGUCAAACUGCAGGCAGGAAGGGCCGCCUCGGAUCACAACCAUAAAGGAAACCCUUAUUGUGAUAUUAUUGCUUGACUGGAGUGGAUUGUACACUUGCCUGCUCCCGUUUUUACAAGCCUGGGACCUAAAUUAGAGCCCAGCAGCACCCAUGAACUUCAGCUCCACCUCCACUUCGGGCUGAUUGCUGGUUCAGGUGUUGAGGAUAUAUAUAUAUAUAGCUUUUCUUUUUUGAGACCGUGGAAUCAGCCUGAGAAGAAAAUAAGCAACAAAGCACUUUGUUUAGCACUGAAACCUUGUAACCAUGACAGCAGUGCACAAGGAUCAUCUCACCUGAAACAGUAACAACACAUACUGUGAUGUUGGAUGACUCCAUGUCCCACAAUGCAUUGUGACUACUCAGUAACAAGCAGUUUUAUAUAAAGCAGUAUAAACUGCAGACAAAGAAUCAGCAUGUGACUAACACAAGCACAGGCUUUCCUUUUUUGGAGCAUGCUGAAACAACAAGCCAAUCAACAGUACAUUUACGCACAGAGGUGAAUGGCACUGUUCCCGCCAUGUCACAAACUGGUAGAUUAGGAACAUUACCUGGAACUGAUAAGUGUUCAGGGAGGACUGGACCAAUGCCAACUUAUUUCUUGAUUGUGUAUUAAAUGCAGCUUAGAGCAAUGUCUUACACAAAUCUAACAUGAGAGUUUUUGGAUCGCACUGUAUGGCGUCAAUAUAUUUUCUUUCUUUGGAUCCAAAUUUGUAUAAUAUUAUAUUCAUACACUUCUGUGGAUUAAGACACAGCAGUGUGGCAGUCGGAAGCUUUGGUUGGUCCAUCCACAUGACAGAAUGGGCAGCUGAGCUCAAGUUUCAUGAGUGAUUUUGUUUCAACUUGUACAGUUUCAAAACUGACAGUCAGAUUAACUUAGGCAACUGUUGGGGUAAACAAUGACUGAGUCUUCUAUGUAUGAUGAUGGCGCCCUCUGCUUGUGAGGAUGAUUAACUGACAUCUCGGCACAACACAGUCGGUAUUAAAUGAUACUGUUGUAGUACUGAAUGUAAUGUAUCAUGCAACAUACUUAAAUGUUCAAAAACAUGUGCAAAAUUAAAUCGAACACCAUAAAAUAAGGUA